AUGGAGCAAGAUACCGAGGGCGGUCGUCUCACGCUCAAGGACAUACGACAGGGUGCCUCACGGGCAUGCACUUACGCUAAGAAGAGAGGGAUUGUAACGGACGUAGUAGAUGCUGAGGGAUCCGUGGGCGAUACGGUGUCGGAUUACAUCCAAAGGGUGGAAGCUUUCGCCUCGGAUAAGAAUGAGUUUGGGCCUCGCUGCGCUCGGCCCAGAUGA